AGUAGUCCUCCAAUGUCUUGUCACUCUGAGCCUUACGGAGGAGUUAGAGAUGAUCCGAAUGGGAAUAAUUUCGAUACAGUUUCGACUAAAUCGCUUCCGAAUAACUCCUCUGUUUCUGCUUUCAAUCUCACAUUAGACCUAUUGUCGUUGGAUGACGUAAAUAACACGGCAGAGGCAAAUGAUGUCCAAGGUAAGAAGCGCGAAGAUUCAAAGGCGGAGAGUUUUGAUCCAUGGGAGGCGUUGAUGUUGAGAGAUGAUCCGAGUAAGAAGAUAGAAACGAUUCCGGAAGAAUCUUUAAUCUCCGAGGAUCAGAGGGAUUCAGGGAAUUGGUUACUUGCGUUGGAAGAAAACGCUACACAAGUGCAGGAUAAUAACUCGAUGGCGAUAGUACCGUUCGGGUUAAAUGAACCGAUGCCUGCCUUUCAAGACGCAAUGGAUCAAUAUAAUCCAUUCUUGGAAGAGCCAGUUGCACAGUUAGCUGCAGCUGGUGCAACCGGAGAACCAAUGACCACGUUCAGUCCCUUGGCUAUGACAGAGUUUCAACCAGAACCGACGUUU